AUGUCGUUCCACUCCGCCGUAAUCCAGAAGCUCCUCAGCGCGAACGCCCAUAUCGGCCGGCGCGUGACUGCCCACCACUUUAAGAUCUUCUCCGAGGGCACCCGGAACUCCGUCAGCGUAAUCGACUCCGACAAGACCCUCAUCUGCCUGCGCAACGCCUGCAACUUCAUCGGCCACCUCGCCCGCAACGAUGCGCGCUUCCUGUUUGUGAACACCAACUCGCUGUUCGACGAGAUCAUCUCGCAGAUGACCCAGGCCGUCGGGAUCAAGAACGACCCCACGUGGCGGCUCGGGGGCUUUCUGACCAACAGUUCGAGCCCAAGGAAGUUUCGGGGUAGGAACAAGAAGUUCAACCUCAGCGCGGUCAGGGCCCCAGACUGUAUUGUGAUCUUCGACACGGAGAGGAAGAGCUUAGUGAUUCAGGAGGCGCACAGGCUGCAGAUCCCCAUGGUCGGGCUGGAGCAGAAGGAAGCUGCUGUGGAGAAGGAUACGAAGUUGAUAGCAGGAGAAGAUGCUGAACGAGAUAAGACAUCCAAAAAGUUUGUUUUCCCUUAUGAAAGUUUACAAGCAUCUCCCGAGGAUAUCUCGGAAAUCAAGCAGCUUUUCGACAAACUUGUCAUAUUGAAAGUCAAUAGUAGUCUGGGUACUAAGAUUGGGUUUAAUGGCCCCAAAACCACCAUCGCCUGGAACAUGAUGACAACUCUAAGCCUCAUUCAACUAAAGAGCAAGAUAACCAGUGUUGGAAUUGUGCAUCAUGAUCAAGGAGCUACUUGCAGUUUGAAGGCUUAG